AUGGAGAAAUCAGCAGUGAUUUUCGAAACCGAUUUGAAUCUGAAGGCAACAGAGCUGAGAUUAGGGCUGCCCGGAAGAGGUGAUGAUGAUGAUGAUGAUGAAUCUGAGGAACAAUCUUCUUCUUGUCUGAAGAAUAUCAACAAGAGGCCUUCAUCAGAGAUGGAUCAUAGUCCGAGGAAAGAAGAUGGAAAGAAGGAAUCUGCUGCUCCAGCUCCAAAGGCACAAGUGGUUGGUUGGCCACCAGUUAGAUCUUACAGGAAAAAUGUGCUGAAAAAACCCGAACCGGGAUCCGAUGGAUCUGGUAUGUUUGUGAAGGUGAGCAUGGAUGGAGCUCCAUAUCUGAGAAAGAUUGAUCUUAAAUUCUACAGAAACUACUUUGAUCUUCUCAAGGCCUUAGAGGGCAUGUUCAAGUGUACCAUAGGGGUUUACUCAGAGAGAGAAGGGUAUAAUGGGUCUGAAUUUGUACCAACUUAUGAAGAUAAAGAUGGAGACUGGAUGCUAGUUGGAGAUGUGCCAUGGGAUAUGUUCAUUAGUUCUUGCAAGAGGCUGAGGAUUAUGAAAGGGUCUGAAGCUAAAGGAUUAGGUGGUCGCCUGUAG